AUGAUCGAGGACUCUGAAGAUUACCCUUCGAUUCCAGCCUCGCCACCAACCGGAGGCUGUAGUCUCUGCAAACGCAGAGAAGAGUUAAAAGUUAGAAAUUUGGCGAUAAUAAAAGAGGAAAUUUUAAAGCGUAUGGGUUUCAGUCAAGCGCCUAAUAUUACCGGUAAAGUUUUACCAGACGUGCCGAUGCACUAUUUAGCGAAAAUCGAGGAGGAAUAUGGCAUGCAAGGAGAUGAACCUUAUAAAACUGGACUUAGUUAUUCGGAAGAAGAUGACGAGUAUCACGUGCGGACUCAGAAAGUUCUCACUUGGGCAGAAAGCUAUCCUCGGCUACGGCAUAGUUGGAAAGUCAAUGACAUUCUUCAUUUUCCAUUUACUGACGGUAUAACAAAGUUUCAUGUGGCGAAUGCUACCCUAAACAUCUUUAUCAGAGGUGCUGAAAGGCGUACGGAACGUCCUCAGGAUGUGGUGAUUGAAAUCUAUAAGGUCAGUAGAUGUCAUGUUAUGGUGUAUAAAUUGGGUGACCAUUCAGAACCACCAGGUUUAAUCAAAGUUCAUAGUUGGAAGGAACCACAACCAAUCGGUAGAGGGCGAUGGGUGCAAACAGAUUUCACUGAAACAGUUGGGGAGUGGUUCAAAAAUGGACGCGAGAAUUAUGGUUUCGUCAUUAAUGCUACGGUCAAUGGCAAGAAAGUCGCCGUUACCGAUGUCAAUACAGAAAAAUCAAAAGCUCCAUACGUCGAAACAGCUGUCACAGAACCGAAACGUCGCAAGCGACGGAACUCCGGUCUAAAUUGUGACGAAAAGGCCAACGAACCCUUGUGUUGUCGCUACAGCUUUAUCGUAGAUUUUGUGGAAAUCGGGCUCGAUUUCAUUAUAGCCCCAAAACGUUACGACGCCCACAUGUGUUCAGGGGAAUGCCCCUAUGUCACUUUGCAAAAGUACCCCCACACGCACUUGUUGAAAAUGUCGCAGCCGAACACUGCGGCGCCGUGCUGCGCCCCUAGAAAAAUGUCGCCGAUUUCAAUGUUGUAUUUCGACGACAAAUUAAAUGUUGUUUUCGGUAGUUUACCCGGCAUGGUUGUGGACAGAUGCGGUUGUUCAUAA